UACCCUUGUGACCGGAGCUCCCCAGCGCUUGCGUAUUCAUCAGCGCGAGUGAGAGAUCGAUCCUUGUGUGCUGCUGUGCGAUUGAGUUGAGUUCAAUGUUGGCGAUGUGCGGAGAGAGGAAACCACCGCACGCACCUCAAAGAAUGACAAGCUCGGUUCAUCGGACGUCUUCGAUUAACUUUGGAUGUUUAGCUGAUGUCGACUUUUUAGCUUUUUCUUCAAUGGAAUCAACAAGAGACUAGUACAAUCGCCGCCUUCACAGGAACAGCAAAACAAUGUGUUGGAAUUUAGUCUAAGAAGCAGCGGCUUCAGAUUCUAAAUAACGAACGUGAUAGGCAUUAAGAUAUAAUUCAGUCGCCUGCUGCAGAUAUUCACCUAACUAUUGUGUUAUUAAUGAUCCCAAAUAUCAGCCAGAGCUAAGAGUACGUUUUCCUACAGCCUAAUGUUGACCAUUUAGUUUAUAGCCUAGCCUACUUGGCAGACGCUCCUGGCAUACAUACAAUAACUCUUAUAUAAAACGGUUUCUGCGGGUUUUUUUUUAAAGUAGGCAAUUCAAGAAGACAACAGUUCAACCUGAAUUGAAGGAGUUAGGAGAUCAAUGAUUUGCACUCUAGUGCGAGUGGUGCGCAAAGAAAUGUCCCUCUCAUGAGGCGCAAUGUCUUUACAGCUUCGCAUCUUCCAUUGACAGGACAGUUGCUGGGAGUGUCACCGGGAGACCUUCUACCAAGAAACUCGAUAGGCUGUCCAGAGACAAUCUGUGGAAGAGAUACACAAAAUGGCGAGACAUAACCAUCGAUAUUGAGCCCCCCUGUGGUUGAUGGUGAUGCCUGAGCCCAACCCAGCAAUGCAGAAGACGAGAACUCUGUGGUGGCAGGGUCGACUGGGAGUUCCUCUGCUGUUUCUGGUUUUCCCGCUCCUCAGGACCGAACCGCUCCAACUCGACCUGUCGUUCAAUGGACUUUCGGAGCCCCAGAAUGUGACACUGGCUGCUAUCCUGCCUUUGCACAACACUGAAUACCCAUGGGCCUGGCCUCGCGUGGGACCCGCUCUGAUCAGAGCUCUGGAGCGAGUCAAUGACGAACCCACCCUGCUGCCAGGCCACCGCCUCCGCAUCGUCUACGACAGCAGCGAAAGCAAAGAUGGAGUCUGCUCCGACUCAGUGGCGCCGUUGGUGGCCGUGGACCUCAAGUUCUCCUACGACCCGUGGGCCUUCAUCGGGCCUGGCUGCGACUAUGCUUCGUCUCCUGUGGGUCGCUUCACCACCCACUGGGACGUUCCCAUGGUGACGGCCGGGGCAGCGGCCAUCGGCUUCAACAUGUACACCUCCAUCACCAACACGGGCCCCACACACAAGAAGCUGGGCGAGUUUGGGGUGCGCCUGCAUCGCCAUUUUGGCUGGCACAGGCACGCCAUGCUCAUGUUCAGUGACAACAAAGACGACGACCGGCCAUACUACUUUACGGCAGAGGGGCUGUACACGCAGCUGCAGCUGGACAACAUCACCACAGCAGACAAGGUCUUCAAUGAGCAGACUGGACCCGUCCAGUAUGAUGACCUCAUCAGUGACAUAAGCCAGAGUGCCCGAGUGGUGUACAUGUGCUGCUCAUGGGACACUUUCCGGAGGCUGAUGGUACAGUUCUGGAGGGAGGGCCUGCCCCCGGAGGACUAUGCCUUCUUCUUCAUUGACCUGUUCGGCCACAGCCUGAGGAAGCAGCCCGCUAGGCCCUGGUACAGAGGAGACUCAGACGACCACGCCGCCAAGAAGGCCUUCAGGAGUGUGAAGAUCCUGACCUACAAAGAGCCACAGAACCCAGAGUACAAGGAGUUUGUUUCCAACCUGAAGACGGACGCCAUGAACAUGUUCAACUUCACCGUAGAAGACUCGCUGAUGAACCUGAUAGCAGGAGGCUUCUAUGACGGCGUGAUGCUUUACUCUCAGGCCCUGAAUGAGACCAUGACAGAGGCAGGGGGCCGGCCGCGAGGGGACGCCGUCACCAAGAGGAUGUGGAACCGCACGUACCAUGGUGUUACUGGCUUGGUUCAGAUUGAUGGGGCAGGCGAUCGGGAGAUUGACUUUGCCUUGUGGGACAUGACUGAUCUUGACUCUGGGAUCUUUCAGAUCGUGUCCGUCUACAACAGCACCCUGAAGGAGCUGGUUCCAGUGCCGGGCAUGAAGGUCCAGUGGCCGGGGGGCGCCCCCCCCCAAGACAUCCCCGACUGUGGCUUCAAGAACGACAAGCCCGCUUGCUUAGCACGGACGGUCACUAUGCACCAGAUGGUGGCCAUCGUGGCUUGCUUCAUCUUCGUCAUCAUCGUCACUGUCACCGUCUUCAUCUACAGGAAGCUGAAAUUGGAGAAUGAGUUGGCUGCUCAGCUCUGGCGAGUGCAAUGGGAAGACGUGCAGAUGAGUGACCUGGAGAAAGUGUUGCGCAGGGCCUGCAGCAGACUCACCCUGUCUCUGAGAGGCUCCAACUAUGGCUCCUUCCUGACCAUGGAAGGAAACUUCCAGAUCUACGCCAAAACUGGCUACUACAAGGGAAACAUUUCGGCCAUUAAGUACGUCACUAACAAGAAGCGCAUCGAGCUCACCAGGAGGGUGCUCUUUGAGCUCAAACAUAUGCGUGAUGUUCAAAACGAGCACUUGACUCGCUUUAUCGGAGCCUGUAUCGAUCCUCCUAACAUCUGUAUCAUCACAGAGUACUGCCCCCGGGGCAGCCUGCAGGAUCUUAUGGAGAGCGAGACCAUCACCUUGGACUGGAUGUUCAGAUACUCUCUGAUCAACGACAUUGUUAAGGGAAUGGCCUUCCUUCACAACAGCGUCAUCAUCUCCCAUGGUAACCUGAAGUCCUCUAACUGCGUGGUGGACAGUCGCUUUGUCCUGAAGAUCACUGACUACGGGCUGGCUAGCUUCCGCGAAAAGUCCAAUAUGGAGGACACACACGCCUACUAUGCCCGGAAAUUGUGGGCAGCUCCAGAGCUGCUGAGGGCAGAUAGUCCCCCACCAUGUGGCACACAGAAAGGUGACAUCUACAGCUUCGGCAUCAUUCUGCAAGAGCUGGCCCUGCUCCGAGGGGUCUUCCACGUCGAGGGGGACACCCUCAGCCCCAAAGAAAUCGUAGAGCGCGUGGCGCUGGGCCAGUGGCCCUACCUGCGGCCCUCCCUCUGCCCCCAGAGUCACAGUGAAGAGGUGGGCAAGCUCAUGCAGCGCUGCUGGAGCGAGGACGUGAACGAGAGGCCCGAGUUCCACCACAUCAAGCUGCUGCUGCGCAAACACAACAGAGGUUAUGGGUCUAAUAUCCUGGACAACCUGCUGUCUCGGAUGGAGCAGUACGCCAAUAACCUGGAAGAACUGGUGGAGGAAAGGACACAGGCUUACCAUGAAGAGAAACGCAAGGCCGAGGCACUGCUCUACCAGAUACUUCCACACUCUGUAGCGGAGCAGCUGAAGAGAGGGGAGACGGUGCAGGCUGAGGCCUUUGACUCGGUCACCAUCUACUUCAGUGACAUCGUGGGCUUCACCGCCAUCUCAGCAGAGAGCACGCCCAUGCAGGUGGUGACCCUAUUGAAUGACCUCUACACGUGUUUCGAUGCCAUCAUCGACAACUUCGAUGUUUAUAAGGUGGAGACGAUAGGCGAUGCAUACAUGGUGGUGUCUGGGCUGCCCGUGAGGAACGGCAAUCUGCACGGCCGAGAGAUCGCCCGCAUGUCGCUAGCCCUGCUGGAGGCCGUACACUCCUUCAGGAUCCGCCACCGACCUGCCCAGCAGCUCUUUCUGCGCAGUGGCAUCCACAGUGGCCCAGUGUGUGCUGGUGUUGUAGGACUGAAGAUGCCUCGGUUCUGUCUGUUUGGAGACACAGUCAACACAGCCUCUCGCAUGGAGUCCAAUGGGGAGGCCCUGAAGAUCCACGUGUCGGAGGCCACGCGCACGGUGCUGGACGACUUCAACUGUUUCCAGCUGGAGCUGAGAGGAGACGUGGAGAUGAAGGGCAAAGGGAGGAUGAAGACCUACUGGCUACUGGGGGAGAGCACCAGCAACAUGGCUUACUAGAGAGAGAGAGAGAGGGAGAGAGAGAGAGAGAGAGAGAGAGAGAGAGAUGGGGAGAGCGGGAGAAAGAGAGAGACAGGGAGAGCGAGAGAAAGAGAGAGAGACACACACAGGAGAGAGAGAGAUGCAUACUGUUUAGACCGUAUUAGAGAGACGUGGUAGAAAAGAGAUGUAAGGGAAGGGAGGGCUGAGGUAAAAGGAACAGACAUGCAUACAGAUGCACAUGGGAAUGGAGUGAAAUGGAAAUAAGCAACAACAAAAAACUGUACCACUGACAACUUCCUCCUUAAUGAUAGUCUCAUCUACAGAGUCUCACUGCUCUUCAUGAGGAUACUUUGGUUCCUAUAGGUGGACAAGCCCUGUCUAGAUUGACUUACCAUGGUGGAUCAUCCAUGGACAGCUGUAGACUUGUAGACUUUCCAACCAAAGGAACGAUAUCACUGCUACACCGCCAUGUGCCGAUUGGCGAGGCACCACCUCUGAUUGACACAGACGAUGGGCAUUUGCGAACGACUCCACCCUGUGUUCCAGAGUUGUAACUGUCAAUAUUUGUGAACAAACAUUUUGGACAUUCUUGUUUGGACCUGUUGUUUGUGGUGACGAGAGUUGUCCAAUGUGUUAUUUUGUGGUUAUUUGACUUUGUGACUGACUUUCUAACAUUUGUGUAGAGGCCUUAGUGUUAUAUGAAGCAUUCCCUGGUGUUUUUCUAUUUAUUUCACAAGUGGUUUGUGUUCUAUAUUACUAUAUCAGUUUGUUCUAUAUCAGUCAAACAUGAAUCAACUGAAGUCCAGAGGGGUACACUACGAAUGUAGCUAGAUGUAUUCAGUCUUCUGAUAUUAGCUAGCUUCAGUCAGCUUCACGUUCCAGCUCAGGCGUCACGCAUGUUAUGAAGGCAGAUCAGGCAGAUGUUGAUCGUUCACCCGCCGCUUACUUGAGCCUGCUCGAUCCGGGCUUGUAACUGCACGUACAUGUCACACAUUGCUAGUCGAAAGCCAAACUGAGACGUCAGUCAGCUUCACGUUCCAGCUCAGGCGUCACGCAUGUUAUGAAGGCAGAUCAGGCAGAUGUUGAUCGUUCACCCGCCGCUUACUUGAGCCUGCUCGAGCCGGGCUUGUAACUGCACGUACAUGUCACACAUUGCUAGUCGAAAGCCAAACUGAGACGAUACUGAAACAUUAGUCCAUGGGCGUGUCAGUGACACAUUUUCAUUUUUGCCAAAAUCUAAAUGAAAGGAAAAACUAACCUGCAAAUUCAGCAGGCUUAUGGUGUGAAAUGGGCUAUUACAAGUGCCGUCUGUCUUGCGCAUAUCGUUUAUUUGGUGUGCUUAGCAAUGCACGAUGACUCCCCACUCAUAUCGGUAAAAUCAUUGUAUGAAUUCCUACGACAGUUUUACUGCCCGUGAAGUUUCAAAUGCAUCCCGUUGUUACAAAAUGUGUUGUGUGUAAUGUAUUUGAAUGUUACUAUUUAUAACACACAGGAUUGACUCAACCACUUCAUUCGGGAUAAAUUGAGUAAACACUGAGUUAGCCAUCCCGGGAGCAGAUUAGUUCUGAAGGAUUCGUUGCCACAGAAAUGUACCUGGCUAAAAGGUGAGCCACAUUUGUGUCACCGUUUGAACUCAGAGUUGACCAAAGUUUCCUCGCUAACUCCUCAAACCAGAUUCGUAGAAUAGGGCUCAGUAAUCCAUAAUAAUACGAGACAACAAAGUGUGUCCCACAACCUAUUAGGCUAUGUGCUUUAGGGGGAAGUCGUGGAGGUAAUCACCACCAUGCAAGUAUAGGCGAUCUAAUUGACAUUGGUGAAAUGUCUCAAAUUGACACUUAUGGCUGUUAAGGACAUUAGGAUUGUAAAUAAAUCCGUGUGCAUUCAACUGGGCUGUUCAAAAAGAGGAUUUACAGCUAAAACGAAUCUUUUUGGUCAUUAAAAAAAAACAAUUAGCUUUAAUCUUCUCAAGAUACACUGCGAUGACAAUGAAGAAUUGAGAAUUAGAGUUGGCCACGAAUGUCAACUUUUGGGUAAAUUACGUAUUAUUAUCUAGUCACAGGUAAUGCUGUCUGCAUGGUUAUAACCAGCUAGUCCUCUCACACGAAGUUCUUAUAUUACAGACUCAUUUUGAAGUUCAGAUUUUCUAAUUGUCCUUUUUCCUUCUUUUUUCUUACAAGAUUAUGUUAUACUCUAGGGUACAAAAGAAUGAGUGAGUCUAGCUCUUCACUUCUGUUACUGAUAAGAAAGGUCAGAUUUAUUUCAGAUUGAGAGUCCUUCUAAAUGGCAUACAUAGCAUAGUGAAAAAUGAUAUAUUGGAUAUAUGCCCAUAAACUCUCAAAGUUGACUCUCUGAGGAUACUGGUUUGGCUUGUGAUUUGCAAACAUGUUACAACAAACGACUCUUUUGCCUUUUGUUCGUUGGUGUUUUUGGGUGGCUCUGCUCGUUGUCUAUCUGAAAGGAACAGCUGCACCACCGCGCUACUUGGCUCAGAAGUGGAGCAUCACUGAUAGGCAGCAGGCACUCAUAUACCAACCAGCGCUAUGGACCAUGUGAAUGUGCUCUCACUUGAAUGGCCCUAAACCUUAAACUUAUCAUCAGUGAGAAUAUCCCCUUUCCAAUUUAAGUCUAAAUGAUUUGAUCAUUUCAUUUUCCAUGAGUGAAUGUAUCACCUAAGUCAAAGCCAAUACUCGUGAAAUAAUCAGGAUUGGUAAUGUGGAUUUGUAAAUGAUAACAGCUCUGUGCGAUGUCAGGGAGACACGUCAUUGAUCAGUAGUAACUCACCCAAUGUCAGGCUUGAUCUGACAGGUAACCCAGCGGGCAAAACUGGUUUCAGUAUAAUCUAUUUUAUGGCGUCGUAGUCAGGUUGUAUACUGGUGGUGUGAAAGUUUAUGCAGAAGUUAAUUAUUUUUAGCAAACAGAAAAUCAAGUCUUUGUCUGGUUGUAAUCUGACCAGAUAACAACCAAAAUAUGACGUCUUUCCCAUUAUGUCUUCUUGUUGUGAAAAAUAUGUCUUUACCUGGUUGUAACAAGCAAUUGGUUGAGACCAGUUGCUUGUAAUGUGGUUGUAUGAUUUCUUGUCAACCAGAAAACCAGUUUACAACCAGAAAAUGAAAUCAUUAAGAUGAUUCCAAGGCAGGUCCAUCUGCAUACGGUAUGUGUCCACUAUGAAUGUGGUCACAUGGCUUCUUUAAAUGCGUUUCUGAUGCAGUAAAAUGUAUUGUAUUGUGUUGUUUUGGUUGCUUUGUCUGUAUUUUCGAAGAGUGGGUUGGUCUUUGAAUUACUGUAUGUUACAAUGUACUGUUGUGUUUUAAAAUAUGACAUUGGCGUUGUUUUGGGGGGAGAAAGAAAUGUUCAGUUACAUUGCCUGUCUUGUUUCGGGUCAGUUGAAUGUCUUUAUAAAAUCAGUUGAUAACCCACA